AUGCGCAAUGAUGCAGAGCUUCGGAAGAAUCCGAAGCGCUUGCUGCCCUUCCUAAGUAGAGCCUCGAUCUACAAGCUCUUCUUGCCGCGCACCGUGCGAAUUCUCCGACGCUAUAGGCCUCGCCUGGCUCCACGAGUAAUACUAAUAACCCCGAACCUCAUCGUCAAGUAUGGCUCGACUGAGGUAUAUUCCGAAGCAUGCGCCAUUGACUUCAUCUCAAAAAAUACAACGAUCCCGGUCCCUAAGCUCGUCACAGUUUUCCAAGUACGUGAUGGAACUACUUAUAUCCUGAUGACUCGAUGUUCCGGCGUCCCCCUCCAGAACGUGAUUCGCCAACUAUCUCAAGUAGAGAAGCAAAACGCUCUCGCUCAGCUGCGAGGCUACGUCGAUCAACUGCGUGCGCUUGAGCCGCCACAGCCUGGAAAAGUUGGCUCCAUAGCCUACGGUCCUCUGGAAGACGAUCGGAUUUGCGACGAGCCCUGCGGCCCUUUUGGAGGCGUCGCCGAACUUCACAAAGCGAUGCGACUCAAGGCAGAACUUCCAUCAGGUCAUGAAGAAUGCGACAAGUUGAUAACUAUGCAAGACAGACGAGAUUACGAUAUCAAGUGUACUCAUGGAGACCUUUCUUUACGCCAUGUGCACUACCUUGAUGGGAAGAUAACGGGUAUCAUUGACUGGGAAUCGGCUGGUUGGCUGCCGGAUUAUUGGGAAUAUACAAUGACCUGGGAUGCAUUCUGGGACGCGUCGGAUUUAAGGGACGAUAUUGCUACAUUCCUGGAUCCUUUUCCCGAGGAGCUGAAGAUGGAACGAACUCGGAUGAGAUUAUUUCGCGGAAGAGGUUGA